CAUUUAGAGACAUUAGAAAUGAAUAGGGUUAAAAGAAUAGUACAAAUAGUGUUCGACAGAAGAAGGAGAAUUAAGGAACUCAAGGCCAUUUGAAUCAUUAUUGUGAUUCACUGAUCUAGUUUCAGUUCAGCAGCACGUGUGUUUUCCCUCACAGACAGACGGACAGACUCCCCCAACACAAGCAUGUCUGUUCCUGCAGCCAAUCCGAGCACACCGGCCUCUAUAUAGGGAGUGUUGAAGCCAUCAGUGGGAUGCAGAACGACACACAACAGACCUGAUCUGAUCUGAUCGGACAUCCAGGUUUCAGCGUCCAAAGAAGAAGCAGAAAUGGCUGGAUUUUGCCUGCUGAGUUUGAUUCUAGCUGUAGCGGCUCUCACCGUUUGUAGAGCCCAUCGCCGACUCUCUCCCAGCGGUUUACGUGAGAAAUCAGCUGUUCUGUGUCUGAAUGGAGGGACGUCCGUCUUGUCUCCGUCGGGGCGUCACAUGCUCUGUUUCUGUGCUGAUGGCUUCAGCGGCUCCAACUGUGAAACAGAUGAAUCCGUCUCCUGCUUUGACGGGAUCGGUCUGCACUACAGAGGUCCCGUGUCCAAAUCAGCGAGUGGGCGGAAAUGUCUGGAAUGGGAUUCAGAGAGUGUGCGUGAAAUUGGAGUCUAUCCCAAGAAUCUUGGCCCGGGACGACACAACCACUGCAGAAACCCAGACUACAGCCGCAGAGCCUGGUGUUACGUUCGGACCGCGUCUAGGAUCGUGAAAGAGGACUGCGAUAUUCCACGCUGUGCAAAAGAUCACGGUUCUGACAGUCUGACGGGCGCACAGUCCGGCUGGCAGUGUGGUCAGAGGGAGGAGCGCAACAUGAAGGUUGUGGGCGGGGCUUUGAGCGCGGUGGAGCGCCACCCCUGGAUGGCGGCGGUGUUCAGCAGGAGCGCCCGCGGGAGAGCGUUCACCUGCGGCGGGAGUCUCAUCUCAUCCUGCUGGGUCCUCACGGCUGCUCACUGCUUCCCUGACGGCACUAAGACUAGCAUCCAUAAACUAUCAGUAUUUGUGGGGAGGAAUGCCAUAAAUGAGACAGACGCUCAGAGAGAGCAGGAGUUCAGGGUCUCCGAGCUCUUCAUCCAUGAACACUUCAACAACACAGACGGCAACUACAACAACGACAUCGGACAAAUAAAAUUCAAAAUACAGGGUGACUCUGGCGGGCCGCUGGUGUGUCGCGUCCGUGACCGUGUGUUUCUGUUCGGUGUGGUGAGCUGGGGAGAGGGAUGUUCCAGACAGUUCCGUCCUGGAGUUUAUGCUAAAGUCAGCAACUAUUACAACUGGAUCCUGGAGAAAACCGGCCUGUCGUCGCUCAGCUGA